UUUACAACCGGAAUGUGCAAUGGCCGCCGCGUUUCGCGUGACGUGCGAGUGUAUAGUGAUAUUAUAAAAAUCGACUAUAAGUUAAAAACAUGCUUGUAUUUGUUAGGUGAGAGUUAAUAAUAAGCACAAUUUAGCGGACUACAUUACAAUGCAAUGUGCUACUGAUAAAACGAUACCCGGAGUGUCAUCUUCCCAAUCUUCGAAGAAUGUCAAAGAAGGCGUGACAAUGAGAGAAAAAAGGGGAGGCGCCAUGAGCAAAAUGCAAAAGCUCAGGAAGCGCCUAUCCCUUAGCUUCGGUAGAUUAUCAACUAAAGACGAGCCGGACGGGGACGCCAGCGAGUGCCGCGGGCGGCAGCAAAACGGCGAACGCGGCAAGCUCACCUACAACGGCUACUCCGAAGAGUGCCUGGACCGGCUCGAGCCUAACGGGAACAUACCGCACGACAAGGACUCGCAUUACGAAUGGAGUAGCGGUGCCAACGGGGAGUACCGGGUACGGAGACAACUAUCAGUCUCGUCGGACUCCAAACUACUAGACGAGGGGGCGCGGGAGGACGCACGGGUAGUCAUGAGGCCGAAACGGCCUCCUAGACCCAAGUCCGAGGCGUUCCUCGCGCACGACCACUCCAAUCGACGUACGAAGCGGUUUAGUGCCUUUGGGGGUGACUCUCCGUUCGGCAAAUCCGAAGCCUACAUAAAGCUGGAGCAGCUCGGGGAGGGAUCCUACGCCACGGUUUAUAAAGGGUAUAGCAAUUUAACGCAACAAGUGGUAGCACUGAAAGAGAUCCGAUUGCAAGAAGAAGAAGGCGCGCCAUUCACCGCCAUCAGGGAGGCGUCACUGCUCAAAGAGCUCAAGCACGCCAACAUCGUCACCCUACACGACAUUGUGCAUACCAGGGAAACGCUCACGUUCGUCUUCGAGUUUGUGGACACGGACUUAUCGCAAUACAUGGAGAGGCAUCCCGGCGGGCUCAACCACCACAACGUCAGCCUAUUCAUGUUUCAACUACUGCGGGGGCUGUCUUACUGCCAUAGGAGAAGAGUUUUACACAGGGACGUGAAACCACAAAACCUUCUAAUAAGUUUACAAGGGGAGCUGAAGCUCGCGGAUUUCGGUCUGGCGCGGGCCAAGUCGGUGCCCAGCCACACAUACUCGCACGAAGUCGUCACGCUGUGGUACAGGCCACCAGAUGUUCUACUAGGCAGUACAGAGUAUUCGACGUCGCUAGACAUGUGGGGCGUUGGCUGUAUAUUCGUGGAGAUGCUGUGCGGCGUGCCCACCUUCCCCGGCGUGCGAGACACGCACGACCAGCUCGACAAGAUAUUCAAGGUCGUCGGAACCCCAACCGAAGAAAGCUGGCCAGGCGUCUCCCGCCUCCCCGGCCUCCGCUCCCACAUAGCCCGCUGGGGCACCUGCCCCGCGCGGUCGCUCGGCGCCGCCUUCCCGCGCUUAAGAGACGGCGGAAGGAACGCGGAGCGACUCGCCGCCGCGUUGCUGCAGCCCGACCCGAGGAGAAGACUGGCGGCACCGAGGGCGAUACAUCACAGUUACUUCGCGCAUCUACCGCCGCGGCUCAACGAGUUGCCUGAUGAGGUAUCAAUAUUCACAGUGGAAGGCGUAGCGCCGUGCCCGGAGGCGCGGCACGUCGCCAAGUGAGCCGCCGAGCCUAGUUCAAUCCGUUCUGUUCUGCCGCGCGACUAUGCGAGCGCGGACCCUAGCGUAGGCAAGUUUCAAUUCCUAUAGUUUUAAUCGACAGAAAUAUGGUUGACUCGUAUUCGGUGGACCAACGUUUCGUGAUGUCUAGGUUAGAAGCCGACGAACAGGCAUCCAAUGCCGGGCAGUAUUCGUUCCGACCCGAGGCGUAUUAUUUGUCGAUCCGUCGAUUGUUUGUCGAAUAUUAUAUUAGCGCUUGUUAAGCUUCUAACGUAAUAUCCAUCCAUAUAAUUCAAUUAUUCUAUGGUGACAAGGUAAACUGAUAGGUAUCGAGUGUAUGAAUUUAAUGUAUAAAUAUAUAAACAGAGCAGUGUGCCAUAUGCCUAUAGGUAGGUAUAUCUAUAAUCGAGAAGAGUAUGACGUGUUAUUUUAAAAGAUUUUUAUGCUGGAUAUAUGCUCAUAAUUUGAGAAAAAUUUUGAAGAUGUUUAUUUAUAUUUACAAAUGGAUAAUAUCGAUGUGAUUUAACUCUUGAUGCACUGUUCAAUACUAAUCCUGUUAAAACGCGGGGCCGUCAAAUCUAUCAACAUACCGAGCGAUGUAAACUCACGCAACAAAUAGCAAAACCAUUCGCGCGAGGCGUUAUUCUGUCGCACUGUUGCCCUGUUUUAUUUCCACUAAUUUCUAACUAUGCCAUACUAGCGGUUUAAAAGUAACAGUGUCUCAGAAAAACGUCAUGUGUAAGGAAGCAAAGGCCCCGCGGUACCCUGGCUGUCUAAGUCUUAUGCACACUCAUUCCUUCCACGGUGCUCAAAUAGUUUGAUAGUGUCGGGGUGGUGGCGGCCACAACACGCCAGCUUCGCCACGCACCCGUCUUCGUUUGCGGGCUGCGAGUCGCUCCAGUGAUACAAUGUGAAUUGAACGGAGAUAGCUUAUCUAUUACCAAAAUUUGUAUAAUAUCACGACAGAUCUCAAAUUUAUGAUGUGUGGGACCGUCCUACUGUAAAUUGUGAUAGGGGAUUUGACGAUUUGUAAAAACUAUACUAAAUUUAAUACCUUUGUUCUGUUGAUGAGAGAGUUAGACGUAGUUAAAAUGUAGUUUCCGUCUUGCUUGAAGACUAGUGAAUUAACCAGUUUAGUCGAAUUUUAGGUCCCUCACGGUAAGGAUAGGAGUGCGAAGGUAGUACGCACCGGCACAUUGGCAGCGCGCAUUAGUACAAACCUACUUUUAAAUAAGCGAAUGUAAGGACUAAGAUCACAGCUAUGGCCGAUAAGUGUGGAGGUGUCAGGCAUAGAUACUGUAAGCACUGUACCACUAGUUCUACGAUAGCUGGCGAUCCGAGUCAAUACUUAUUUGUAAAAGAAUGCGACGCCCAACCGUCUUGUCUAGUUUAGUAAAUUUUUAAAUAACGUCUGUGAUUAAAAGUAGAGUUUAGGCCAAUUAAGCAGUAACACCAAUUUGUGCCAACAGUUUGUUAAACGCUUAUAAAAUAUCCGGUAUUUCUAUCUCGAGACGCUUCGGCGGUCGCAUUCGAGUCCGUUUCUUAUUUGCCUCGGCGCGCGUCUCCUACUCGACAAAAUAUGCAAAUCUAGUCCAGCGGCCGCUCGACGUCGCCGCGGCAAAUAUGAAAAUGGUCUUAUUGACUUAAAUAGCAAUAAAGUCGCUCUCGACUCUUAUAAAUUAAAAGUAGGAGUUGUCGUUUCGUAUUAAGUUAUAAAUCCGUAGCUGUGUUUGUAUCGCAGCGUUUCUUUAGAUAACUUAAACAUACCAUGCCUUGUAAGACAUAAGUUUCUUAAAGAAUCAAUGUCUAAUUCGCAAUUCACUGCCAAUAAGAACAAGCUAAUAGAGAGGUAGCCGAGUUGUCAGUGUGGCCGGAACAUCUAUUGAGCGUAGAUCAAAUUAUUAGCGUAGAAUACUUUGUACUGAGCUUUAGAUACUUAUACGAUUUCAGCGCAGCGGGGCAGGCGCUUAUAAAAACACACCACUCUAAGCUAUAUAAAUGUUCGGUUCAUUUGUACAAAUAGUAUGAAAACUUAGUGCUGUCUGUGCAGAGUGGGUUGCUAAAUCCAAAUCUAGGAACAGUUUGACUGCAUAGUUCCAACUUUACCCACUGACUUCCUGUGAGCCGCAUACUGAUCGUACUAAAGUUAAAUGUCAAAUGUACGUGAGAGAGCUGAAGAGUGUCCAGUCACAAACUCGCCGCCCCGCGCGCGUCUCAAAAUCGGCUCCGAACACCAAAAUAGUACGUAAAUUGUAUAGUUCGUGAAACGCAAUAUGUUCAGUGUAAAUGAUUUGUUGAAUUUUUACCUAAGUUAACUAUAACGAGAGAGGAAAAGUAAAUAUUUCACCCGUUGAGUGAGGCACCGCACCUCGUGCGUUUGCUUGAAUAUGUUAGUAAUACACGGAGCAUUUAUGUGAGGAAUAGUGAAAAUUCUAUUGUGUAAUAAUAAUUUGCAUUUGUAUAAUGAAGAACUGAUGUUGAUGUUGUGGCUACGGAACGAAUUGUGUAAAUAUAAGUAAAUGAUUAGUUGUUACGGAUUGGUUCACGACUGUCCUACGAGUUGCCAUUGCGUUGCCCCGCGGGCCCUGAGAUUUCGUUUAGGUACUAUGUUUAUCUAGACUAUAAUUCUUAUUAUUUCACUUUAAUUUGUCCUGCUGAUCCAAUUUAUGACAUUUUAAUUAUUUUUGAGCCGGGUUCCCAAUGCGGCAUACGCUACGUAUGCUUACGUCAAAUAACAUCAUUAACUUAAGUCUAGGGCAAUUUUAAAUCGAUGACAGGCCACAACGGAUGCGUAUGCAAAGCACUACUAUGCACAGAUAGUUUUUACCAUCAAAUAUAUCGUAGCGGUCAAGAUGCUGAAAAACAUGUAAACAUGCAAUGUAACGUCUGGAUAAUACAUAGAGCUUUGUUCAGAUAUGUGAGAACACCUUGACCGCUCCGAUAGAUUUGAUGGUAUCUGUACAUCGCUUUCGUUGUGUGCCGCAUUCGUUACAAGUAGGUAGUAAAGGUAGUCGGCGCCGAUAUGCGUUAGCUUGCGCGGCGUGCGCCGCAGUGGGAUUCCGGCCGUAUGUAAUAAACAAUGUGCUUUUACUCUUUAAAAAGAAUGUAAAUACGAUAUUUGAACUGAUAAUAAUAAAAGUUUUUAUUUCUUAAUGAA